AGGAUUUGCGACACCGGAAGCAGGAAGUGCGUGUAGUCGAAGCAUGGCGGCGCGCGCCCUAUAGCUCGCACGAGAGUUUUCCAUGUUCACCUCUGAGCUUCGCACCUUCUGCUGAAGUCUAUUUCUGCGUUUUAAAAGCAUUUCACUUGCUCAGCAGGGUGGGGGGACGGCAGCGGUGACCAUGCCGGUGGUGUGCAGCUGCUGUGCACAGGCUCGCGCCAUGCUGAAGCGGCCAAAGACGGGUCACUCGCUCUGCAGGGAGUGCUUCUUCUGGGCAUUCGAGGAAGAGGUGCAUGAGACCAUCGUGUCGGCGAGCCUGUUCACACGCGGUGAGACGGUGGCCAUCGGGGCCUCAGGCGGCAAAGACUCCACCGUGCUGGCGCAUGUCCUGAAAGUGCUCAAUGAUCGCCACCACUAUGGUCUGAAGCUGCUUCUGCUGUCAGUGGAUGAGGGCAUCACUGGCUAUCGCGACGACUCCCUGGAGACGGUGCGGAGGAACCAGAGGCAGUAUGAGCUGCCACUGAAGAUCGUGUCCUAUGAGGAACUGUAUGGCUGGACCAUGGAUGCCAUCGUCAAGCAGGUGGGCCUGAAGAACAACUGCACCUUCUGCGGGGUGUUUCGCCGCCAGGCCCUGGAUCGUGGCGCCAUGAUGCUGAAGGUGGACAAGAUCUGCACAGGUCAUAAUGCAGACGACAUCGCUGAGACCGUGUUGAUGAACGUUUUGCGGGGCGACAUUGCAAGACUACGCCGUUGCACAGCAAUCUGUACAUCGGGUGAGGGUGAGGGUGCCGUGCCUCGCUGCAAGCCCCUCAAGUAUGCCUACGAGAAGGAGAUUGUGCUCUACGCCUAUUUCAAGAGACUGGACUACUUCUCCACGGAGUGCAUCUACUCCCCGAACGCGUACCGGGGCCACGCCCGCGCCUUUCUCAAGGACCUGGAGGCUGUGCGGCCUAGCGCCAUAAUGGAUGUCAUCCACUCAGGGGAGAACCUGUCUGUGCGCGAGGGUGUGCGCAUGCCGGUGCAGGGGACCUGCAACCGCUGCGGCUACAUUUCCAGCCAGGCGCUCUGCAAGUCCUGCAUGCUGCUGGAGGGCCUGAACCGUGGCCUUCCGCGCCUGGGCAUUGGAAAACACCACCGUCUUCACGGCAAGAUCCUAGCCCAGCAGCCACUCACCCUGGAUGAGGAGCGCAAGCUCAAGGCGGUGGAUUUCUGAUUGGUUGCUGCUGGUGUAUCUAAAGAACUGCCCCCCCAGCAUCUUUCUGACUGGCUGCAGUCAUGUUACUUUUAGUUUAAGGGCUUUAAUGUGAAUACUGAGGUCUCUGGCUGGGAUGGAAAUAAUACCUGAAAAAUUACCUAAAAUCAUAAACAAAGGAAUAAUGCGGUUCACAUUUGGACAGUGAAACAUUAAAUAUUCAGCAUUUUAACAAAAUUUUUUACAAAUUAUUUUAAAUAGCAUGUCUCACAGACAGCGUGGUCCUUCUGUUAUUAGGAUUUUGACAGUUAAUUUUGUUAUUGCAAAUAAUUUUCAAAGUGCUUUGAAUGUCCACUGAAUUUUUAACAGAGCAUCUAUGGUUGGGACAAAUUUCUCUGACACAGCCUGAUCCUGGUGUGCCUGCAUGGGUAAAAGCUGUCGGUGCAGAAUGUACACACGUUAAUAAAGUGUCGUUUGUUUUUAAAGGAA